AUGGUCGUCCCGCGUAUCCUCACACCGCUCGACGUCAACCCUCCGACGGGUGCCGUGCAACACAUCACGGUUAGAGGCUCAGACUGGCUCUGGGCGGUAUUCUGCAUCUUCAUUGUGUUUGACCUGGGCUUUAUGGCGUGGAUGCUCUGUGUCCCCCGUGGCAAGCGUCUUUUCCACCAGAUUGCUGUUAUGAUCCUCACCCUUACCGCGCUCACGUACUUCUCCCAAGCAUCCAACCUCGGGUGGACGGUCACUCGCACACAGUUUGGCCACUACACCGUGGCCGGGACUUGGCGUCAGAUCUGGUGGUGCCGCUACGUCAACUGGAUUCUCACCCUCCCGCUCCUCUUGGUCGAAAUCACGCUCGCCUCGGCUCUGCCCUUGUCCGACAUUGUCAUCCUGGCGUUUGCCGGUGGGUUUAUCUGGGCGAACUUGCUUGUCGGUGCCCUCGUCCAGUCGUCGUACAAGUGGGGCUACUACACCUUUGCAUGUGUGUCGAUGCUUUACAUGUGGUGGGUCCUCAUCAUGCCGGCGCGCAAGAGCGCCAAGGUCCUUAGAGGCGACUACCACAUCAUUGCCACCGUAUCGGCCGUGUGGAUCUCCUUCAUGUACGCCCUUUACGCCGUCUGCUGGGCGUGCUGCGAGGGUGCAAACGUCGUCAGCAACGACUCGGAGAUGGUGUGGUACGGCAUCCUCGACAUUCUCACGAAACCCUGUUUCCUCUUCUACUUCCUUGCCGCGCUCACCGACUGCGACUUGGCCGUCCUCCAGCUCAACUCGGGCAAGUACACUGAGUCGGGUAUCAACCGCAGCACAGCCGCGACCGGCGAGGUCGUCGGCGAUGUGGAGAAGAGUCGCGAGCCGGCCGUGGAGAGCCCUCCUCUCACCAAGUCCUUCCCCGGGCGUGGCCAGCACGACGUCAUCCCCGACACGGCCGACACGACUGUCCCCACUGAGCAGCCGACGACGGUCACUACGCCGCCUGCCACGGCAGCCCAGCACACCGAACCCCGCUACUCUGGCGCGACCCUCGAGGGCGAUGUCGGCCACCACUAA